AUGUGUGAUAUUUCCACUCCAUCUCACCUGCUCAUCCGGGAGGACUUUGUCCUGACUUCAGCACACUGCUUAAAGAAUGCUUAUCCUUUAACGGUGGUGCUUGGAACCCACGACUUAAAGAAGUGGAAGAAGAGUUGUCAGAAGAUUCAGGUGUCACAUUACCAUCGGCAUCCCUUACAUGAGAAUGCAACUCUUAUUAAUUUAAAGACCACAGCUCGUCUAACUGAGAACGUGACGGUCGUUGGACUCCCAAAGGAGGAUGAACAUAUCCCAGCAUCCCCCAAGUGCUCCGUAGCUGGUUGGGGCAAGACUAACUCAAACAACAACCAGGGUUCGGACGUUUUGAUGGCAGUGGCGGUGACGUUGGAGGAUAACUCUGAAUGCAAGAAGGUGUGGAAGAAAAACUUUGACAUAAAUCAAAUGAUGUGCACUCGUACUACCGGAGGGAAAGGAUUUUGUCAGGGAGAUUCAGGGGGAACUCUUAUUUGUAACAACAAAGCACAGGGUAUCGUUGCUUUUAAUUAUGCUGAGAGAUGUGAUGAUUCCCAAUAUCCUCAUGUGUACAUGAAAAUCCCUUUCUUUAUGCCCUGGAUUAAAGAGGUGUUGCACGGAUAUGGUGCCAACAUGUCUUUAACCUCUCUAGG